CUCCAUUUAGACUCCUGUCCACUUACUCUGGAUCUCAAUACAGUAAACAAGUGGCUUCACCUCUCUGAAGAGAACAAAAAGGUGACAAACAAGAGGGCAGUGACCCAGUACCCUGAUCAUCCUGACAGAUUUGACAGUCGGUCACAAGUCCUGUGCAGAGAGGCUCUGAGUGGCACUCGCUGUUACUGGGAGGCCGAGUGGAGUGGAGAAGGGGCGACAAUCGGAGUUGCAUAUGAAGGAAUCAGCAGGAAAGGAUGGAAAUAUGAAUGUCUCCUUGGACGCAAUGACAAGUCCUGGAGCUUGUCCUGCUCCGAUUCCCAUUACUCGGUGUGGUACAAUAACAUGAAGACUGAAAUCUGUGCCCCCUGUAGUCACAGAAUUGGUGUAUAUCUGGACUGUCCUGCUGGCUCUCUGUCAUUUUAUAGUGUCUCGGACGCAAUGAUCCUACUGCACAGGAUCAAGACCUCCUUCACUGAGCCACUUUAUGCCGGGUUUGGGGUUGGAUGGCACUCCACUGUAACAAUCUGCCCUUUGAGCCCAUUUGAGCACUGACCAGCGUCGUAUGUCACUUCAUGUCACUCAUGCCUGCUGAUUUUGGAGUGACCAUGAAGGAGUUCCUUCCUGACUUUUGAUCAGAGAGUGGAUAGAUUUAAUGGGGGAUAUUUGUAACAGAAAAGAUUGAACAGCAAAGUGGUAUGUGUCUCCUUAUGCAACAUGGAGCGAUUUGAAACUUUCAAUACUCUGAAGAGCACUAAAGACAUUUGACUCUCUCCAAAAGGGAUUAUAGAGUUUAUUCCCCCAACAUGUUAGAAGCACUGACUGUUUUGUCAAUCCUCAUUGGACUUCAUAAAUGAUUUAACCAUAACAUAGGGGUGUCCAGCUCCGGUCCUGGUGGGCCACAGUGGCUGCAUGUUUUCAUUCUAACCCUUU